AUGACUUCCAGUCCACCAUCCGAGGCGCCACACUACCGAACGGAGGCUCUGACCCCAGAAAGUCCUGUCCCGGUUCAUAUUCCAGAACCUCAGAACAUACCGGUCUUGCAGAAUCAAAAUGAUAUAGCAUUCAAUCAGAUGUCCACGCAUAUGGAAGCUCCCAAUCGAUCCCAGGUCUCAGCUACAGUGGGGAUCAAUGGUCUCCCCCAAGACGUUUCCAAGAUGACUCCAAGGGCAACAGAAUCCGCGGAGCCUCUUACUGACAAUACCGAUCAAGAGACACGUGACUACUUGGAAAUAGGAUCCAACCUCAACGGCAGUGGUGAACACCCUGAGAACCUUGAAAAUGGGACUCCGGAGCCGCCCAAGAUUGCAACUUCAAAGAACCAUUUGACCACGAUCGCUCGGCCAUUUAUGCCUAUCGGCGCCGCUGAACCUCUAUCGACUAACACGCAACUUAACUUUACAUAUCUUGCCCAGCCCCAAAGCUACAAGCCCAGCUCAAAUAUCCUCCAAGAUGAUUCCAAUUCCACUGAGCGUUCUUACGUUGUGCCUGUGAGCCAAGAUUCUGAUGCUGGAGUUGCUGAAGUCAUUGGAGACUCUGAUAUUCACGGCCGGACAUCCGACUCAGAUGUAAAUGGUGAUGGAGUGAACUAUCAAGCUUUGUUGGACAAUAUAUCCUCUUCCGCCUCCACUGCUCCCCCAGCAGAAAAUCAUUCCUCAAUUACUACUGCUCCCUCAAGCAUAUUCAAUGCGCCCAGUCCAGGCAGCGCCCAAACUCCCAUCGCCACCCUCCCCAUCCCAGCUGGUCUCCCUCCACGCCCACCGCCGCAAGAAAAGCCUGCCAUCCACCCUAAUUAUACACCUGGAGAGGACAUCCGAUCAUACCAUAAACCACCUCCGCAAAAUUCCAACGCCCCUACUUCAUACAAUGCCCAGCCAAGUAGUACAUACCGACCCCCACAAGGCUACCCUCAUAGCAACGGUGUUGCCCCCAAUGGUCUCCCUCCUCCACCCCUGGCCACCUUCCAGCAGUCCCUGUCCAAACCCAACCAGCCACAACGUAGUCCACAAACCUCGCAGUAUCGCCAGAGGGACAAUUAUGGAAAGAAUGGAGGAAAGCCUGCUACGUCAACAAAAGAGGCCGAAGAUGAACAUCCACGCAAACCAGAAAUUGAACGGCAAUAUGAGGAGUUUCUGCACGACGAGGAGAUCUAUGUAUCCGAGGGUACAUGGGAUAGGUUUCCGCAAGGGUCUAGGUUGUUCGUUGGCAAUCUGUACACCGAGAAAGUUACCAAGCGGGAUCUCUUCUAUGUCUUCUACAAGUACGGCAGGAUCGCCCAGAUCUCUAUGAAAAGCGCAUAUGGUUUUGUUCAAUACCAUGACGCUGACGCUUGCUUCCACGCGCUGCAAUCGGAGCAAGCUAUUGAGAUCAAAGGGAGAAAGAUACAUCUCGAGAUAUCGAAACCCCAGAAGAACACCCGCAACGCCGUUGCAACAGCUGCUGGGGACAGCCUGAGGGCAGGACACAAUAGAAGAUCACGUUCACCAGAUUAUGGAAGGGGUGGACCUGUACGUGGGUUAGGCUUAGGAUCUGGCUCUGGCGGAGAUCGAUACGAUAGAAGCGGCAUUCUUAACCCUUUUGAGCGUCGUAUGAGAGACGAUUACCGUCCACUGCGCUCUCCUUCGCCUCGAGGCUUUCGUGGACGAGAUGAUUACAGAGGCGGCAGAGACAGAAGUCCAGAUCGGUACUUUCGUGGCAGAUCAAGGUCUCCGUAUGAUAGAGGUGGGCGAUUUCGAAGCCGGAGCCCUAGGGCAAGGGAGCUGGAUGACGAAGCAGACCUCCCAAUACCUCGAAGAAAUCCUGGAGACGUGCCAGAUGUUCAAUUGGUCCUGGUGGACGAAGUUGACAGGACGUUUGUUGCCUACAUCCAGCAGUCUUUCCGUGAUCGCGGGCUCCGUUGCGAUUUACUUCAGCUACCUCGAGUCUCUCUUGCAGCAGUCGUCAAAAGACAGAUGGUUGAAGGGGUUCAAGCGGUGGUUAAAAUUUUCCGAAAAUCACAGAAUACUGGAAAGAUCCCGUUGCAGGUCUUCAAUCGUAGCCUGGGGGUGAACAACAUUCAAUUCGAUGAGUACGAAGAUCUACAGGCUAACGUUGCUGCUGAACUUGUCGUAAGAGCCAAGUCGACACAUCUAGCGCCUGUACCAGCGCCCACACAGUACCCCAGUGGCCCUACGUAUGGUGCACCACAGUAUCUUCACCAGGGACAACCCGUGCACCCACAGCAGGCUCCACUAGGUAGUGCACAAGCUAAUCUCGCAAACCUCAUCACUUCUCUUGACGGGUCUUCACUUCAGCAGCUUCUGGGCGCAAUGGCGCAGAAUCCUCAGACACCCACAAAUCCUCAGCCAAAUCCGCCGCCUCUGCAGCCAGGACAAUCUCAAGGUCUGGCUUCUCUAUUAAGCAAUAUUGCCCCUCAGCAACCACCACAACAGGGAUAUCAAUAUCCCGCAGGCCCUCCGCAACAACAGAACGCGUUUUCUGGCCCUUUGUCCAAUCCAACUUUCACCAACAACCCAGCUCUAUCAUCUCUCCUUCACACUCCUCACGGCAGACCCUCUUCUCAACGCACGCAAGCACAGCAUCAGCAAUCAGGCCAGCAGCAGAGUGUACAGGACAUCAUGGCCCAGCUCGCCAAAUACCAGCAGUAG